GGGUUUGGCACGGCAAGGCACUGACGUAUAGGAGUGAGCAACUGAAAAGAAAUGCCCUCUGAAGUGUAAUACAAUUCGUGACCUUGACCCAUCUUUUUCGCCUCUUAGCUAAUGGAUUGGCCUACCAUUUUGGCAUUUUUAUAUUCUUCAAUUGAAGGUGAAAUCAGCUGGUGCAAUUGUGUAUGCCAGCCAUUUCAAAUAUGUCUCCUCCACUCUGAUUCUUGUGUUUUAACCUCUAGAAAUCAAAUCAGGGUUCUGUCAUCACAAACCUUACAUUUUACAAGUCCUCACCCACCACCCCCGCCCCCCCCAAAAAAAUGCAGCGGCUUUUCAAUUCAAGCUUGCACCAGUAUGAGAUAGCCAGGCAAUUCUCAGGGACAGCGUUGGCAUGGCGGCCGCUGCCCCUGUAUAAGGGGCGUGCAAGCAUUACACACACUCUUUUCUUCUUGUCUCUUCUCAUUGUCGCUGCCUUCAUCUCUUCUUCCUGGAUUCGCCUUUAUGGAUUUCCAGGCAACAAUUCGGUAGAAAACACAAUUCCAAUCUCAAACAAGCAUCCAAAACCCCCGAAGCAAACUGAGUUUCCGCUCAAUUGCACUGCCAAGAACCUGACUCAGACCUGUCCCAGAAACUACCCAACAGCAUGGGAGUUUGAUCACGACCUGCCAUUGAACAUUGAGUGCCCGGAUUAUUUUCGUUGGAUCCAUGAGGAUCUAAGGCCAUGGAAAGCCACAGGGAUUACAAGGGGAAUGGUGGAGAAGGCAAACAGGACUGCUCACUUUAAGCUGGUGAUAGUGAAGGGCAAAGCUUAUGUUGAGAAGUACAAGAAGUCCAUACAGAGUAGGGACAUGUUCACCUUGUGGGGGAUUCUGCAGCUCCUGAGGAGGUACCCAGGUCUGGUGCCGGACUUGGAGCUGAUGUUCGACUGCGAUGACCGGCCAGUGAUACGAUCACGCCGUUACUGGGGGCCUAACGGGACCAGACUGUCACCACCGGCAUUGUUUCGGUACUGCGGUGACAGGUGGACGGCGGAUAUUGUGUUCCCUGAUUGGUCCUUCUGGGGAUGGGCAGAGAUAAAUAUAAAACCGUGGGAGAAGUUGUUGAAAGAUAUGAAAGAAGGAAAUCAAAGGAGGAAAUGGAUGCAAAGGGAGCCAUAUGCUUACUGGAAGGGAAACCCUUUUGUGGCUAAAACCAGGAGAGACCUCCUUACUUGCAAUGUCUCGGACAAACAGGACUGGAAUGCUCGCCUCUUUGUCCAGGAUUGGAUAGUUGAAUCUCAGAGAGGAUAUGAACAAUCAGAUCUAGCUAGCCAAUGCACAUACAGAUACAAGAUAUACAUUGAAGGAUGGGCAUGGUCCGUUAGUGAGAAGUACAUUCUGGCUUGUGAUUCUCCCACGUUGCUGGUAAAUCCCCAUUACUAUGACUUCUUCACAAGAAGUCUGCAACCAGUUCACCACUACUGGCCUAUCAGGGAAGACGAUAAGUGCAGAUCCAUUAAGUUUGCUGUCGAUUGGGGCAACAGCCACAAACAGAAGGCGCGGGCGAUUGGGAAAGCGGCAAGCGACUUCAUCCAGGAAGAGCUAAAGAUGGAGUAUGUGUAUGAUUACAUGUUUCAUUUGCUGAAUGAGUAUGCUAAGCUCUUAAAGUUCAAGCCUCAAGUACCCAAAGGAGCUGUGGAGCUGUGCUCUGAGACGAUGGCUUGUCCUGCAGAUGGGUUAGGGAGAAAGUUCAUGAUGGAGUCCUUGGUGAAGGGUCCAUCUGGUACCGCCCCAUGCACAUUGCCGCCUCCCUAUGCCCCUUCAGUUCUUGGAUCUUUUCUCAGGAGAAAAGCUAAUUCACUUAAGCAAGUGGAGUUAUGGGAGAAAAGGCAUUGGGAUAGUCAAACUAGGCAGCCUUAGCUAAUUAAUUAGAUGUUUAGCCUCAUGAUAAUUCUACAUUAAUUUUUUAUCAUAAAGUAGAGGGCGGCUAGUUAAUCUAGCCCAAAAUAAAAGAUAACUACUUUGUCAAAGAUAUACAACAGGAUGUUUGAUUUGCAGAACGAAUGGAGUAGGAAAGCAAGGAAUGAAGUUUGAAUGAAGAGCAUGAUAUAAUCAAGUGAAAAUUUUAAUUCUA